CACAAAGCGCAGUCACGUGGAGAUAAAGAUACAUAGCUAUCACGUGCCCAAUCUCUUAUCGCAGAUCCCCGCUGAUAAGACGUACAGUACACCUACCACCCACCUACCACCCACCCCCCUUGCUAUACUACGCUGCUAGCAGUAGGAGUAUACCACCUCCUGAUGCCUAUCUCGUAAGUACUUCACUACAGCCCGGAGCUGUCUCCAUCCUAAUCUCAGCCUUGAAUAUAUAUUCUGUCGAUCGAGCUCGCUCGGGUGCUACCCUGCUCGCAGUUCCGAGUACCCUUCCUUCGUCCAUCUUGGCUCUUGUCCUUUGUACGACCCCAGGCAGUCGGGGUCUUUGUUUACCUCGGGCCAUUGCUCAGCUUCUCUGCCCAAUUCCGUUAUCAUUUCCUGUUACGAGUGCUGUUGAGCUGCCCUUGCUGUCUUCAUCGCUCCAGGCAUCUCAUCCGAACUCCUGUACAGCCUCCCAAGGGCGUCCUGCAAGCCAUUGUUGUCUUACUGUCUACCUUCUCCCAUCAUGUCUGCCCCUCAGCCUUCCGGCGGGGCCAACUCUGACCUCAUCCUGUCCGAGAUCCUGGCAACGGUGAAGAAGCUGCAAGCCGACCAAGCUCAGUUGGCAGCCAAUGUGGAAUCUCUACAAAGCAGAAUGGACGUGACCAACACGGUCAAUUCGUUGCGUGGCGGCCACCAUCCCCACCGCCCAUCUCACUCUCAACCACGGGACGGCGUCAAAGACUCGCCUAGCAUAGACCCAGACCAGCUAACAAAGUCUGUGAACGGCACUACCUCACCUCUUCCAGAUGCAGCGAUCCCAGCGCCCAAAGCACCACCUUCCCCAACUGCACGGAGACCAUCCAUCACGUCACGCAUCAUUCUCACCACCUAUCCAGGCCAGUCAGGAAUCGACCCCAUCCCCAUGGAAUGGGGCGAAGCGGACCCAUUGAAGCGCGGGCCCGUCGUUGUGAGCAGACAUCACCACACGAUCCGACGACGCAACGCGAUCGGUGCCCAUGGAGGCUCAUAUUCAAUCUACCACGCGCUGGCGGUGGCAAGCCAGCAUCUCAAUCUGGAACACAAACCUGACUUCACCAACACAGAGCCAGCGGCUCUGAUCGGCCCGUUCCCAGCCUGGGGCGACCGGAAGAAGAUCGUGGCUAUGGACCCGUUCGGCCAUCUCGCACCAUGGCUGUACAAAGACUACAUCCAGACGCAGGACAUUGACAUCCGGCCCACCAUCGCCGUGACCAAAGCACACAUGAAGAUACCGGAGCUGGAGCAGAGCGUCAAAUCCGGCCGGCUGGUGCCAGACGGCAAGAUCUGCCUCAACGAAACGGGCGAGCUGAACGUGACCAAAUUCGCCGUCGAGCCGGUAUGGUACCUUCCCGGUGUGGCCGAGCGGUUUGGCAUCGACGAAAGUGCUCUACGACGCGCUCUCUUCGAACACACGGGCGGUUCGUACCCGGAGCUCGUGACCAGGCCGGACAUCAAAGUGUUUCUGCCUCCUAUCGGCGGCUUGACGGUCUACUGCUUCGGCGACCCGGCCAAGAUGUCCGACCCAAACGCAUCGCUGGCGCUACGUGUCCACGACGAAUGUAAUGGCAGCGACGUGUUCGGGUCCGAUAUCUGCACGUGUCGCCCGUACUUGAUUUUUGGUAUUGAAGAGGCCGUCAAAGAAGCUCAAAAGGGCGGCUCCGGCGUCGUCAUCUAUUUCCGCAAGGAAGGUCGGGCUCUCGGCGAAGUCACUAAGUAUUUGGUCUACAAUGCUCGCAAGCGGGGCGUCGACCGCGCCAGCGAAUACUUCAAGCGCACUGAGAACAUUGCCGGCGUCAAGGAUAUGCGCUUCCAGGCCCUGAUGCCCGAUAUCCUGCAUUGGCUCGGCAUCACAAAGAUCGACCGCAUGCUCAGCAUGUCCAACAUGAAGCAUGACGCCAUCGUCGACCAGGGCAUUCCUAUCCUUGAGCGUGUCCCUAUUCCCGACGAGAUGAUCCCCGCCGACUCGAGGGUCGAGAUCGAUGCUAAAAUCCACGCCGGUUACUUCACUACUGGCAAGGUCAUGACCAUGGAGGAGUUGAAUGCUGUGCAGGGAAGGAGUUGGGAUGAUAUUGAACAUUGAACGUUGAGACUUAUCGGUUGGUGUCACGGAGUGGGGAGGCUGCGGCUGCUUUUCUUGUGGCAUUGGCGUGUCGCUUGUAUGUAUGUAUGUUGAGAAUCAAGAUGAUGAGAGAAUAUUGAUAAGCAGACGCAGAUUUUGAUGAGCGAAGUGGUCUUGUCCAACAGAGCAGAAGUGUCUGGUGAGAGGUGUUACAGUAUGGAGAAUAGAGACGAAGAAAACGAAGACGAAUAUGAAGACGCAGAUGAAGACGCAG